AUGAAUGAACGAGAACCUGAUAUCCAUAACUUCUCGACUUCUUCUGAGCACCGUCUGCCAACCAUAUCGGGUGCCGAAGCUCUGCAGACUGCGUCAAUCAGGGCUAGGGCCAUUCAGACUAGCCUUUCGACCCUAGAUUCGACAUUACUGCCCAACAACAUCCCUCUAGCAACCCCUGGUGUUCAAAUAGGGCAUGUCACAGAAGUCUAUGGUCCUCCUGGAGCUGGGAAGACCACAUUUGGACUGCAAUUGGCUGUUAAUGCGAUUCGCUCGAGACACGAUGAGUCUCGCGUGCUGUGGGUGAAUACAGGGUCGCCAAUGAUUGAGGAGAGACUGCAUGAAAUCAACGCUGCUUACACGUUUCCCCCAGAACAUGAUCCUCCCUCUUCUGAACCUCAGGAUUUGACAACUGGAGCGACGUUGGACGAAAGGUUUGAUUAUCUAGAGGCAACGUCGCUUCCUCGACUUCUCACCCUGUUUCUGCACCCAACUGAAGAUCUCCCUCCAAAAGAAACACGGCUGAUCGUUAUUGACGAUCUUUCAAACCUUGUCCUUGGAUCAUUAUCAAACGACCCCAAAACCAUCAAAUCUACCACCCCUGCGGCAGUGCAAGAGAAACUCGCCAAGAGGGCCGCUGGCAAGCGAUUCCAGAUUAUCGAGAAUCUGGCAACUGCAAUGUCAAAGCUUGCAGCUCUGAGGAAUAUCGCCGUUGUCGCUUUGAUCGGCACAGCCACAAGCUUGAGAAGUGGAGAACAGAAACGCGGCUUGACCCCAGCUCUUGCCAGUCAGGCUUGGGAGUCUGUAAUCCACACUAGGAUCAUGCUGUACCGUGACUUUCCGCCAGAUGAUUUGGAACUGGAAAUCCUGAAUCAACUUGAAUUUGGAUUGAGGUAUGCCGACGUUCAGAAGCUCGCUCGAAAGCACGUCUACACCCGCCCUGUACCGUUUGUUAUUUCAGCGGGAGGACUCGAGGAGCUUAAUCUACCAGACAACCCUGAUGACGAUAGUCCAAUCAACGAAAAUAAUGGGAUCUUAGGACGACCCUCAGACCCAGAACUCCCCGCUCUACCCCUCGAAAUCGCGCUUCCGGAACGGAGCAUGAAGCGGAAACUCAACGAGAUCGCCGACAGUGAGGAGGAGGAUGAGGAUGAUGAUGGCAACGACAACGGUGAACACGACAACGGUUUCGACUACAGCGAACGCGAAGCGAAUAGCGAAGAAAUGGAGCCACCGCUCUUCAGCCAAAAUUAUAUGCACAGGGGAGAAGAGCCAGAUCUGCCGAAACUACGCCUGCCCGAACGACACGGACUUUCGUUUGACGAGGACGAGGACGAAGACGAGGAAGUGAACAGCGAGGGUGGUGAAGGUGAAGAUGAAGAAAUGAUUCUCGAUGCCCACGAGACUUCUCUCCUGCGAGGCUACAGGCAUGCUAUAAUCAGAGGCUCCGAGGACAUGGAACCGCUUUAUUCAUCCGAUCGUGAAGUGAGUGAUAGCGAUGAUCCUGAUGAUGAGGACAGGGACAGCGCCAGCGACAGUGACGAAAAGGAUGUAAUUGAAUACAAAGCACCUUGA